AUGGCCAAGCAAGUGUUGGACUUGUAUGAGCUGUAUCGUUUGGUUGUUCAACACGGCGGUCUAGUCGAGAUCAUCAAUAAGAAGUUAUGGCGUGAAAUCACCAAAGGACUCAAUCUACCUUCAUCAAUCACAUCGGCUGCUUUCACACUUCGGACUCAGUUAGUUUUUGGUUUCGUUUCAACAGUAUUAAUUAGUUUCAGUAUCAUAUCGGCAAUGUGUUACUAUUGA